AUAAUCGGCCGCCUCAGAGCCGGCUCUUAGCAACCGACUUGGCGACGGUCUCUGUGGCUCCUGCGGUCCCCGCAGGCUAGUCUUUCAAAAUCUCUACUGCGGGGGCCUGGCCGAGUUAAGAACCCAGGGGACGCGCUGCGUCCCCCACGAAGGCUGCAGGAGUACUAAGCAUGGAUGGCAGCCGGAGAGUCCUCCCCAGAUACAGCCCACCAUGCCUGUUUACAGGACACUUGAGCACCAAGAGCAACGCUUUUUGCACUGACUCCUCUUCUCUCAGACUAACCACUCUCCAGCUGGUCAAGAAUCACAUGGCUGUUCACUAUAAUAAAAUCCUUUCAGCCAAAGCUGCAGUGGACUGCUCAAUUCCAUUAAGUGUGAAUGCUAGCAUCAAAUAUGCAGAUCAGCAGCGAAGAGAGAAACUGAAGAAAGAGUUAGCACGGUGUGAAAAGGAGCUUAAAUUAAAUAAACCCACAAUGCAGAUCAGUUCUAAGAUGAAUUCCAAGUUCCUUUUUAACUCUCUACAGAAGCCCUCAGGGGAACCACAGUGUCGGGGUGUGUUAAUAGAAGAAGUGACAAGGUAUCCAUCAUUGUCGAAGUCAUUCAUCCCUUCUUCAGAUGAACUGCAUCUACGUCAUCCUGAACUGAAUAAAUUCCUCAUGAAUGACAUCCAGAGGCAUCCCAGCACCUCCCCACCCAGCCUGGCUUACACAGGGUCUGCACCCAGGAGCCCAUGCUGCAGCCAUGGCUGUGACAGGAGGCCUAAGAGUGCCUUCCCAGGUGCCCACCAGUUCCAGCUGGUCAUAUCCAAGAACCCCAGUGGAGAUCUUUUGGAGAAACACUCUGACUUCUUCUCUAACAAGCAGCUGCCGUUCACCCCACGCACUUUAAAAACAGAAGCGAAGUCCUUCCUGUCACAAUAUCGCUACUACACACCUGCCAGAAGAAGGAAGGGUCUUCCAGAUGGGAGGAUGGAAGCUGAAACCCAGACUGAACUAAGCAGCUUUAAUUCUGAGUUUGGGACAGCAGAGACAAAGAACUCAGAGGACUCAGAAGUGAACAUAAAACAGGCACUUAAUUACAUGGUAAAUGGUACUGAGGACAAAAAUUCUCCUUUACCUUCACAAGGACAAAAUUUAGGAUGGGACAGGAUUAAAGAUGGCACUCUGCAGCAUUCCUCCCAAAAGACACUCUGUGAGCUCUCUACACAGCUUUCUUCAGACAGUAAAAUCUACCCUGAUGAAGAGGAGCUGCUCUACCUGGACUUCAUGGAAAAUGUGACAGAUGAAAUUUUGAAACUUGGUUUAUUUUCCAACAGGUUUUUAGAACGGCUGUUUGAACGACAUAUAAAACAAAAUAAACAUCAUUUGGAGGAGGGGAAAAUGCGCUACCUGCUACAUGGCCUGAAGGUGGACUUAGGCUGCAUAUCUGAGGAAGAGCCAGCAAAGCAGAGUGAUUUCAGAAUGUUGAAUCAACUUGAUUUUCAAAAGGCUCUGAUUUCAAAACCAAAUGAACAUACAAGUAAUGAUGAUACAGUAAUUGAGCAAGAACGUCAGCAAUUCCAGGAGGCUCUGGACAUGUUGUCGUCUGUGCCGAAGGAUGAAAACAAGUUGUUCUCUUUACCGGGUGAAUUUUUAAUACCUGUCCAUAAAUUCAAGGAUUCCGAAGGUGUUAUAGUUCAACAGGUCAGCGAUGAGACAGAUCUUAAGGCCUCAGCCUUGGAUGAAAACAAUCCAAGUAUUUCUGACAGGUUAAUAGACCAGGAAAUCUCUGUGGAUGUCAUUGAAGAUGACAGUGACUAUGAAGGGGCUGAGACUUCCAGGGAAUUAUGUUGUCUUAGCACAGUACUGUCCCCAUCUGUUCAGUUCCCCAGCAUCAAAGAUGGCAGUAAUCAUGACAAGCAAUUACCAACUCUAAAAAUCAUGGAAAUGAGCAUUGAAGACUAACCUUUGGAUCUUCACUAAUAAAUACUCCAUGUGGCCAGUAACUCAAUAUUACUUUUCUUGUUUUCCAUUUUUGCAUAUUAAGAUUUCUGUAUUUUCAAUGCUGUAUAAUAAAUUACCAUAAAUUUA